CCCCGAUCCUGUCGGCACCGCCACACUUUUCCCCUACAAUUACGGGACGUUAGGAAGGCUUAGUUCAGUCAGAUAACUACCUACCUACUGGAGGCGCGCCAGGUUUUCCUAGUUGGUCGCUAAACCAGCUGUCCUUCCCAGCCUUUGCUUUGAAUGCAGGUGCCGUUAUCCGUAGGUACUGUACUGUACAUACUGUACCGCGGACGUCAGUCAGACGCCGCCAACGACCAAACGUCUCACUCCUUGAUUCUCGACCCCGCGUUCCUAUCAAACUUUUAGUUUUCAUCUCGAGUUGUUGCGCCAUCAUAUAGCUACUUGCAAUGGCCGAGGUUGACGAGCCGCAAUUUAGCACGCUUGCUGAGCGCAUUGCUGCUCUGAACAGGCAGAAGAACUUCCAGGCGCCACCCAUUACAGUUGGCAAGCGAGCCCCGCCGCCACCACCACCUAAUCGUGCCGCAACUGUCAUCGGGACGACGACCGUCGCUAGCCCGCCAUUUUCAGCUUCAGCUUCGUCCGACAAUGCCGCCUCUCCGCAGCCGAGCCCUGCGAUCCCUCCGCGCCCUACAAAGGCCGCGAGGGCCGCUACAGACUGGGCACCGCCGCCGCUGCCGAGACGGAAAACAGAGUUUGAGAAUGACGAGCAGCCAUCAAUAUCGCCGAGAACGCCGGCCAUACCAAACGGCUCGUAUGGCUCGUCCCUACCCCCUCCUCCAUUGCCUUCGCGCAACUCGCAGCAACAAAUCUCGCCCGCUCUCCCCGAGCGUCGCCCUUCUACUCAAACUGUUCACACGCGAAGGAAUUCCAAUUCCUCAGAAAUAUCGUAUUUGUCCACUGUGUCGUCCCUAUCCCUGAACAACACCAGAUCCUCGGCUUCUAGUGUUGGAACAGACAUCCAGCCCCUAAGGAGACUUCCCCCGGCCCUCGACCAGGCGAAGCUUCCCCCGCUACCGCCCACCCGCCGUGAGCUCGAGGCAAAGGCCAGGGAGAGGGAGAGAGAGGAGAAAAAAAAUGCUGCCACAAGGUCACCGUCGCUUACACCCAAGCCGUCACCAUCCGUUGGUUCCCGCAUCGCGGAGCCCCCGUCCCUUCCCCCUCGUCUCCCGUCAAGGCCCGGCAGGUCCCCAGCCACUGCACGCGCCGACGAGCCAUCGCCGGCUCUUCCAGCCCGCCGCUUGCCCCCCACCCCGACGAGUUAUCCGUCCAAGUCUCCGCAGGGGUUCGGUGGAGGCGCGGUUGCGAAGUCUCCUGGCUCGUCCCCUCCCGCAGUUCCCUUAAGCUCCCGCCCCACAUUUGAGCAAAUCGAUGCAGUGGCGUCCCGGGCAGCCGCAAGCCCCUCCACGGCGCCGCAGUGCCUAGUCUGUCGCGAUUAUUCCGGGCCGGACGCGGCGGCCGCCAAGUACCCCAUCAGCUCUCUGCCGCGUCAAGACCCCGUGGGCUAUCUGGCUCACGUCCUGUGCGACCCCUUUCCAUCACAUACGGACAAGGCCCGAGCCAUCUUCACGUGGUGCCACCACAAUAUUGCCUACGAUGUCGAGGGCUUUUUCGGCGGCUGCAUACCGCGCGGCCAGACGACGGCCGAAAUGAUCUUCAGCGGCAAGGCCGUGUGCGAGGGCUAUGCGCGCGUGUUCGAGGGCGUUGCGAAACGUGCCGGCCUUGAGGUGCUCGUGGUCGUGGGGCACGGCAAGGGCUAUGGGUUCCGGCCGCUAGCGGCGGGACAGCCGCCACCCCGUCGCGACCCAACGGGACACGCGUGGAAUGCCGUGCGAAUCGACGGCGGAGAAUGGAAGGUGAUUGACGCGUGUUGGGGCGCCGGCGCCGUCGGCGAAGGCACCUACACCAAGCGCUUCGCCCCCGAGAUGUUCUACCUCUCCAACGAGCUCAUCGGGCUCAAGCACUUCCCCUCGGACCGGAACCACUUCUUCCGCUCCGACGGCCGCAUCCCGUCGUGGGAGGAAUACAUUGUGGGGCCCGUCAAGGGCGAGGUGGCCACGUGGUACAGCGGCGGAUCCGACGAGGGCCUGAGCGAGUUCACCUUCUCGCCGCGCGAGAAGAAGAUCCCCGUCCGCAGCGGCGAGGUCGUCCGGUUCCAGUUCUCUAAGAUCUGCGAGCACUGGCGCCCCGAGCAGCACGGCAAGGGCGCCCAGAUGCUCUUCGCCGUCCAGAUCCACGGCCGCGACGGCCGCUCCGAUGACAUGGUCUGCAUGGAGACGGACGGGUUCUGGUACUGGGCCGACAUUGAUGCCGCCGACCUCGGCACGCCCGGCCAGAUGGUCUCCCUGUUCGGGUUUGACACCCUAGACAACCAGAGCGCCCGUGGCGUCACCAAGGAGGAGUUCCUGAGGAAGAAGGGCCGGUGCGGCUACAGUCUGGUGGGCAUAGCGGCGUGGGAUCUGGUCUGAGUCGUUGUAUGCUAGAGUGCUGUUUAGACUGCGUGUCUUUUGGAUACAUUUUCCGGGGGCGGGCUAGGUUGAAGAUGAAUGGGAAUUGGUUAACUUGUUGUGGGAUCAUCCACAGCGAGAACAUGAUUAGGGACGUUAGAAGACACCCAGGCUGUUAGAUUUUAUAAUAGUGAUGAUGACGACAGCAGCAGGGAUACAGUGCUCCAGGUUCGCGACUGGGUUUGCGUUCUUUGCAUCGAGCCCGACCGGGCAUUUCUCAGAGUUUGGGGACGUGAUCCAAUGUGCCAUUCGUUGAUACAACGGUUUCCAGGAAGAUACUUGUUGCAGGACUUUAUAAUUGAGCAGUAAGAGGACUACCUAUACUCCCAAAAAAAAAAAAAAAAAAAA